GAAAGUGGUCUGAGAAUAUUUGUUGCUGAUGUCUCCAGAUCAGCUCAACCUAAAUUCCUGUGUGAGCUGUACAAAAACAACAUAACAGGGGAUAAGUAUAUGCUCAUUUAUAAAGCGAAUCCUACUCUUAACAAUUACACAGACGAUCAAAUUGCUACUACCAACUGUACGAGGGAACAGAUUAACGAAGCGAGGAAGGGAGCCAUCCAUAUUACACUGUUACCCGAGUUCUUCUUUGAGGGUGGCAACGCUGAUCUGACUGAACCCAAACAUUAUAAAAAUGGCAAAACAUACGUCGAUGUAUUAUCUGAUAUUGGAGAAGUGGUACCACCUAAAAAGCCAUUUGUUUUUGCAGGUGCAGCUUAUGACGCCGUGUGGGCGUUUGCCCUGGCACUGAAAGCGACAUUUGACGCAGAGGGAGUAGUUCCAGGAGAAGCGAAUGCUUUUCUCAGAACCAAGGACGGGAUAGAGAAAAUAUAUGCUAAUCUCAUGGCGGUUGACUUUGUUGGAGUCACGGGACACUAUACAUACGACGCUACUGGAUUACGUAACUUUUACGUCUACGUUGGUACGCUGGAAGCUGAUGGUGUCUCGAUUAGGAACGUUGGGAAAUACGAUGCAAAAACUGAUGUGCUAUCCUCAUUCGAUGAGUCUCUGAUGUGGAGGUAUAAAGGAGGGGAACCAGUCUUGGAUGGACGUCUAUAAAAUGCAGAUUAUGGAUCGCUAGCAGCUGGCAUUAUGCCUUAAAAAGCCAGACAAAACAAAACAUUUUCUAAAAAUGUUGCUGAAAGAAAUGUUGUAACUCAUCAAAUAUUCUAAUUGCAUGACACUUAAAUGCAAAAUUGAAUCUAAUCAAAUAACAUAAGUGAUGAUAUACAUGUAGGUAAUCACGUGAAUAAAAGAGUUGUCCAAAA